AUGGAUCUUCAACAUGGAGAGGAUUUCUCCACUAGGGACCCCCAGGAUGACUUUGAAAUCCUUCUCAGAGUCGGAUGGGGAACCUAUGGGGAAGUUUACAAGGCGCGUAGAAAGCAGACUGGGGACCUGGCAGCCAUUAAGAUUAUUAAAACUGAACCAGAGGAUGACUUUUCCACAAUCCAGCAAGAAAUACUCAUUAUGAGAAGCUGCAAACACACCAACAUUGUAGCUUAUUACGGCAGCUACAUCAGGGCCAACAAACUGUGGAUCUGCAUGGAAUUUUGUGGGGGAGGCUCCUUGCAGGAUGUUUACAGUGUGACUGGUCCCCUGUCAGAAGCACAGAUUGCAUAUGUCUGUAGAGAGACACUAAAGGGUGUGGACUACCUCCAUGAACAGAAAAAAAUGCACCGAGAUAUCAAGGGUGCCAACAUCCUUCUUAAUGACCACGGCGAGGUUAAACUGGCCGAUUUCGGAAUCUCCGCCCAAAUCACGGCCACUCUGUCUCGUCGGAUGUCUUUCAUCGGGACGCCUUAUUGGAUGGCGCCAGAGGUGGCGGCAGUGGAAAUCAAAGGUGGCUACAAUGAGCUGUGCGACAUCUGGUCAGUGGGCAUCACAGCUAUUGAGCUAGCAGAGCUACAGCCACCCAUGUUUGAACUCCACCCGCUACGUGUCCUGUUUCUCAUGUCCAAGAGUAGCUACCAGCCUCCCAAACUUAAGGACAAGGCAAAAUGGUCGUCCAUGUUCUACAAUUUUGUGAAGACUGUGCUGGUGAAGAACCCUAAGAAGAGACCAAGCGCCUCCAAGAUUCUCUCACAUAUGUUCUUGAGUCAAGAGUGCCUGAGGCGGGCGCUGAUUCUUGACCUGCUGGAGAAAUGUCGCUACCCUGAAAAGUUCUGCCCGCCGACAGAUGAUGACGAAAUGGAGGUGAAUGUGCCUGGAUUGUUGAAGAGGAUUCUGUCCAUCAACAAACAAAACUGGGCUGAAGGGAAAUGCUCAAAACCAAAUUUGGAGCAGAUCUACCUGCAGAGGCCUGUGAAGAAAGAAUCGCCAAAUGCAACAGUGAGGCUUUCUGUGCAGCUGAUGCAUACAGGAAGCUCACAUGGCCUCAACACAUUUCCAUUGAGGGACAAAGACUCAGAUUCUUCUGAUGAUGACUACGAUGAUGUGGAUACUGUCAUAAUACCAGCAGACCAGAUGCCACCACCGCUUCCCCCCAGGACCAAAGUGCGUUCAAGCUCAGAAGAACUCAUUUGGGUGGAAGACAAUGGUUCCAUCAAACCGUCUUCACUGUGCGUCCCCUCGCCCCUUGUCAGGACGUCCAGUGGGACGCAAGUCAGAGCAGGUCCCCACACAAGACUCAUGAGAAACUCAGACCCCGUGUCUUUCCAGUUAAAUGACCAAGAAGUUGCACUCUUACCUCCUGAGCUGCCUCCGAAAAGCAGACGCAGACACCAACAGCCCUCAUCAAAGGACUCUGCCAAGUGUGUGACUCCUCACAUGAAACCUCCUAUCUACUUGAAGAGGAUCUUCCAUGGCUGUCCACUCAAAAUAAAGAGCUCCACCACCUGGCAACACCCAGAUACCAAAGACCAGCACCUGAUCCUUGGAGCAGAGGAGGGCAUCUACACGCUUAACCUUAACCGUUCAGAGGCCACUAUUGAGCUGUUGUAUCCUGGCAAGUGCACCUGGGUCUACAGCUGCCACAAUGUGCUCAUGUCUGUAUCAGGUAAAUCCUCGCAACUUCACUCCCAUUUGCUGAAGGAGCUUCACGAGCGGGCUCGCAGGGACCAGUGGAUGGUGGCACUGCCCGCUCAUCGGCUUUUGCCGCGGAACUUUGCAGUAACGUGUAAAAUUGGUGACACCAAAGGAUGUAGGACCUGCUCAGUUGCUGAAAACUUUCUGUGCUGCGCACUGGAGUCAAGUGUAGUCCUGCUGCAGUGGUAUGAACCCAUGAACAAGUUCAUGCUCAUUAAGCAUUUCGACUUUCCCCUCAGCAACACCCUUCGGGUAUUUGAGAUGGUCGUGGAUGCCCAGCAGGAGUACCCACUGGUGUGCACUGGUGCCAACCGUGGGUCCAGUCCGAAUCAGCCUGUCGCUUUGGAGUACAUCAACCUAAACUCAAACACUUCCUGGUUUAUGCAAACCGACACGGAUCAUCGAUAUCGAGAUGCCUUGCAAGUCAAGCAGUUGGACAGCAACUCGUUAAUGGUCCUCUUCGAAAGGUCUGUACAUAUCGUCGGCCUUGAAGGGGAGCUAAAGAGUGGUCAGCCUCACAAAACCAGUUUCUCACGCGAUGUGGAAUCUGUUGUAUACUUGGAGGACACAUUUUUAGUGGUGUGGCGGCACGGCUGGCUAAGGACCAAAAGAGGCAUCGACAAAGUGUUGGAGGAGACAACCGACCACAAGAAGAUCUUUCGGCUGUUGCAUUCUGAAAGGAUGGUCGUCAUGGAGACACAUCACGCCAAGGACCCAUCAGGGCUGUCCGACCUGUACUUGCUGGAAAUUGCCGAGAACUUUGUCAUGCUGCCCUGA